UAUUUUUUUGUAGAAUAUUCGGAAGUAAAAUUCCCCGAUAUUAUUUUCUAACAUCAAUUGCUUUUGAAUUGCUUCGGGCAUAAAAACACCCUUCGCAUGCUUUACUGGACGCAGGUCGGAUGGCAAGUUUUUUUAGGGCCAAGCGUGUCACUGACCCGCUCGACGACAUGGCCAAGGCUCGCCUCAUCGGCAAAGGCGUCCCGGAAUCGGCUUACGUCAGCAGCAGCAGCAGCGAGCAAUCUGCCGACGGUGACGGUGACGGCGACGGCGACGCUUCCCCUUGCCUCUCGGGCCUCGUUCACGACUUCCUGGAACCCGUAACUCAGUCGCUGAAUAACGAGUCUGAGUCGGAACACGUCGAAUUGGUCUCCGAUCAGACGGGCUUGAUCCUAAACCUCCUCAAUCCGAGGGUCGGAGACGAUGCCGAUUCGUUCCUCUCCCUCCUCUCCUCUCAUGUUUCGAAAGCAGUGAAAGCGUUUUCGUGUCUCAGAUCGAACAGACCGAUAUUUCGGCCAAGCGUAAUGAAUUUCCUUCGAAAUAUCGGCUACAAUGCCGCGAUAUGCAAGGCGGAAUGGCCGAGCCGUGCGAAUCUCACCGCUGGCAGCUACGAGUACAUCGACGUUGUGAAUUCCGAAACCCGAUACUUGAUCGACCUCGAUUUCUCUGGCGCGUUCGAGAUCGCCAGGCCCACUGACCACUAUGUCCGGCUCCUGCAAUGUCUGCCUAGCGUUUACAUUGGCGGAGCCGAAGAGUUGAAGAAGAUUGUGAAAGCAAUGUGUGACGAAGCGAAGACGUCGUUGAAAAGUCGAAAUCUCCACCUCCCUCCGUGGCGCAAGAACCGGUAUAUGCUGAACAAGUGGUUCGGUCCGUACCGCCGGAUGGUGUGUCUGAUCCCGGCGACUUCAUCGGUGGUUCCGCCAACAUAUGCCGUGAAGUGCCGCCCCGUCAGGUUCGACGCCGCCGUUCCGGACGUCAACGGACGUUUCUUGGUUCCAGCCCACCGAGCACACAAGAUAAUAAAUUAAAUUAUUAAAAAGUGACUGUGAAAUAUUAAAACGUUGCAGAUUUGCAUUUUAUAUGAUGAUAAUAAUUAUUAGUUUUUUGCGAUAAAA